AUUACACCAUGCUCGUUGUCCUGUGCUGGUAUUCUUGAAUUAAAUUUGUUUUCCAGUAUAAAUGUAUUAUAAUAUUUGGUUUGUUAUUUUAGCUCGCCCCUCUGAUGACCAGUGGAAUACUCUAAUCGACCUAAUUGCCAUGGACAAGGAAAUUUUGCAUGGGCAGUUUCUUGCCCCUGGAGGCGUGCAACGAACCCACCAGAAGUGGGAGGAUAUUGCUGCCAUUGUGAACAGUGUGCCUGGUGCCACAGUGACAAAAGAUGGAGAACAAUGGAGAUUGGCCUGGGUUGGUUUAAGAAGCAGGGCACGAACCAGUCUACGAAACAUGUCGGCAUACAGGAAUGGUACAGGUGGGGGCCCAGAUGUGGAUGUAGCGGGUCUGGCAAUCAGCAAGCUAUACAAAAGGGUCCUCGGUUUAACAGGAAUAACUGCUGCUGUGGGCAGCAGAUGCCCUUGACCGUUAAAGGUCAGGCUCCCUUUUAAAUGUGAAAGUUCUUUCCUUCCCACAACAUUUUGCAUCGUAAAUAAGUAAUCUCUGUAUACCUUUUCAGAUUCAACUAGAGAGGCAGCAACAGCAACAGGUUGCACCUCAACUAGAGAGGCAGCAACAGCAACAGAUUGCACCUCAACUAGAGAGGCAGCAACAGGUUGCACCCCCCAUAGUUCCUGAUGCAGACUUGCUCCUCAAUCAAUUCAUUCAGGGUAACAUUCCGAAUAAUAAUAAUCUACAUUUGCAAUUCGAGGUUGGAGUGGGAGAAGCCGGGGUAUAAUUUUGUGCUACUUCCAUGUAUUUUGUGUUGUUACAAUACGUCUACUGUACAGUUUCAUUUGCAGAUUCAUGGCAAUGCAUUGGAUGAGGAAGAGGUUGGUGCAGUGUCUCUAGAUGUGAGUGUAAUAGUAGUAAAAGGAGUUGUGCCUGCCUUCAACCUUUUGUUAGUUUUUAAAUAUACAAUAAUUUUACAGAUUCCUGUCAAUGUGAAGACAGUGGAGAAGCUUCAAGUUGUUUGGUUUGAAAAGGAUUCCUCACCAACAGUCAUCAACCAU